UAAAAAUAAUGGUUGUGAAAUCAUAAGGUUAAAUUACAAAUUUGAUUUAUAUAUAUAAUUUAGAGAAAGUUAGAACUAGAAUUUAGUUUUUAUAAUUCAGAAAGUUAAAGAAUUCAUUUCUAUGUUUUGAUCAUGAAAUAUUCCGUAAUAAUCUCGACUUGUGGUGUGAUAAAAUGAAACUUUUGAGUCAUAAAGACUAAAUUCUAACUUUCUCCAAACGUAAGAACCAAAUUUAUAGUUUAAACCAAAUCAUAAUAAAUCCAUUGCUUAGAAUUAGUAGAACAAAUCUCUUUUCUACAAUCAAAUCUUUUUGCACAAUCAAAUUAUUAUCUAGAGAGAGUAGAUUAUGGAGAUAAAACUCUCUAUAAUUACAUAUAUGAGUCUUAUACAAUUCAAUAGUCAAGAAUUGAAGUAUAACUAUACUUUUAGCUCUACUGAAAUAUCAUGUCAAACUAAGUAUAUCUCAACUGGUAUAAAUUGUUGAACUCAUAAAGAAAAAAGGUUUGAAAUACGUUUGACGGGUAAUGUUAUACUCUUAAAAAGGAUAUUUUAUAAAUUACUUUCUACAGAGAGAGAAGUAGAUUCUAGAGAGAGAGAGAGAAAGUAGAGAAGUACCAAAAACGCAGGGAAGUAGCCAUUUUCUAAGGCUUUAAAUCCGGGGCUUUGUAAGUUGGAUCUUGAGGGAUUCAACAUAGCAAGACAAAAAGGCAGUGAGGGUUUCUCAGGUGGAAGAUAUAGUUUUUGCCCCAAUCGGAGAUUUUAAGGUUGCAGUUGUUUUGAAGUUGUGUCGUGGAGAAGAUGGGAAUGUUUCGGAAUUCUGCGACGGGAAAUGGGGAUUACUUAGAAGGGAUGAUCAGUGAUUAUGUUGGAGGGAAGGGGAAGUUAAGACCUCAAAGAAAUUCUUCAACAAAGAUUGUUGCUGGUCUCACGUGUCUCCAGUUUGCCUUUGCAUUAUAUGCAACAUUUCUUCUGUAUUAUGUCAGUCCUUCAAUAGACUUAAGAACCAAACCAGAUUUCUCUUGGGCUACUAGAAUUGCUCAACAAUGGAGACAGUUCGUAAUACCACCCCAUGUUGUGGGUCGAUACCAAGAACCAACUUCUCUGAUGAUGCAAGCGGAGUUCAGACCGAUCACUCCUGAGGAAGCUUGUGAGAAUGAGAAGAUUGAUUUUGAGCAAAAGAAGUCCAAUGAUGGGCAGAUGAUAAAGUUGAAAACAGAUCUUUACAAUGAGAUUCUAGAUUUUCAAAGCAAAAGCUUUGGAACUGAGACUCUUCCUCAGCUAAUGGCAAUGAAAUCCAAGUGGGAUUUGAGAGGGCCAAACAAGCCAAAAGUUACUGUGAUCUUGAACCAUUUCAAGAGAAAAACUCUGUGUGCACAGCUUAAUUCUUUGCUUCAACAAACCCUUCCCUUCCACCAUAUUUGGGUGCUUGCAUUUGGGAGUCCAAAUGAGCUCUCUUUGAAAAGAAUUGUUGAUAGCUAUAACAACUCAAAAAUUAGCUUCAUUAGCUCAAGCUAUGACUUCAAGUACUAUGGAAGAUUUCAAAUGGCCUUACAAACUGAAGCCGAUUUAGUAUAUAUUCUUGACGACGACAUGAUUCCUGGCCGUAAAAUGCUACAGAUCUUGUCUCAUGUAGCAGGGACAGACAAGUACAAGAAUGCCGUUUUAGGCAGCAUAGGAAGAAUUUUACCAUUUCGACAAAAGGAUUUCACAUUCCCGAGUUAUCGAAAGUUCCGCUCCAAGGAGGCAGGGCUUUACUUGCCUGAUCCUGCUUACGACAUCACCGUCAAUAAAAUUGUGCAGGUUGAUUUUCUCUCCAGCUCUUGGUUCUUAUCUGCAGAGCUUGUGAAAACACUUUUCAUUGAAACCCCCUUCACCUUUGCAACUGGAGAAGAUCUUCAUCUAAGCUAUCAACUUCAAAAGUAUAGAAAUGCUGGCUCAUUUGUUCUUCCUGUAGACCCAAAAGACAGAGAAACCUGGGGUGACAGUGAACACCGGCUGGCUUAUGUGUCCGAGACAACCGUGAUAUUCAAGGACAUUGUUCAAGUUCGAGAUGAUCAAUGGUGGAAAGCGCUGUCUACGGGUUAUAUCACACAAUGGGCAGCUAUGCAUCCACAAAAGAUAGAUGCUCUAUUCUAUGCUCAUUCUGUUGAUGAAGUCAAAGCACUAGCACCAUUACUUGAAAAGUUCAGGUCCACUGUUGGCAAGAAGGCUUAUAUUGUAGUGUCGGGCGGCAACUUCUGCCCAUGUGAAGAUGCUGCAGCUGCUCUUAAAUGGCCGAAGUUGGUUUGUAAAGAACGGAGGUUCAAGAUAUUUGACUUGGCUAUUGGGGCUCUCUCCGGAAUAUCAAAUUCUGAGGUUCCUGUGGUGCAAGCAGUGUAUGCUAGUAUGAAGGGAUUGAUCAAAAUACAUAAUCCCAGCGUCGUCAUCACCGUGGCUGAUGUUGAUCCUAAUGUGAAGAAGGCUUUGAAAAUGGCAUCAGAGGCUAACUUGAAUGGUACAACACUGAUUCUUUUGCCAAGGCCUUCCAUUUCAAAAGUUCUUUGGAUGGCUGAUCUUCGAUCAACCGCACUUCCAAAUUGGAACAAGAUGCGGAUUUCAAUCAACAUUAUCACACAAAACCGUGCCAGCUCAUUAACAAGGCUUCUCAAAUCACUCAAAGAUGCAUAUUACCUAGGGGAUGAGAUACCUAUCAGCUUCAACAUGGACAGUAAAGUAGAUGAGGAAACUAUAAAAUUAGUUAGCUCCUUUGAGUGGCCCCAUGGUCCCAAAAGCUUCAGAAGGAGAAUCAUCCAAGGAGGGCUAAUCCGAGCAGUAAGUGAGAGUUGGUAUCCUGCUUCGGAUGAUGAUUAUGGACUCCUACUUGAAGACGAUAUUGAAGUCUCUCCAUACUACUACCUAUGGAUCAAAUAUGCCCUCCUGGCAUAUCACUAUGAUCCACAAAUAUCUCUCCCCGAGCUAUCGUCAAUCUCCCUCUACACACCUCGGCUAGUCGAAGUAGUGAAAGAAAGACCUAAAUGGAAUGCAACAGAGUUCUUCACGCGGAUUCAUCCAAACACACCUUACCUCCAUCAGCUCCCCUGCAGUUGGGGAGCAGUUUUCUUCCCCAAACAUUGGAGGGAGUUUUAUGUUUACAUGAACUCAAGGUUUACAGAAAAUGCAAAAGAGAACCCAGUUCAGAUCCCCAAAUCUAGAACAAACGGUUGGCAAGCAUCAUGGAAGAAGUUCCUAAUCGACAUGAUGUAUUUAAGAGGCUAUGUAAGUCUCUACCCUAACUUCCCAAAUCAAGCCAGUUUUUCAACAAACCACAUGGAACCAGGAGCUCAUAUAAGUGCCAAGGACAACGUCGUCAAGCACAAGAAGGAAGAUUUUGAGGUUCCAUUAUUGAAAGAGAACUUCGUAAAUUUCUUACCGAAUGGGAAAUUGCCAGCAGCUUCAAGACUACCGUCGCUGAACCUCUUCAAUCAACCAGUGUCACUAAAGGGCCUCAAGUCUGCCGGAGCCAAGCUAGGGCAAGACGUGCUGAAAUGUGAAGUUUCUGAGAUUGUAGCAGUGAAUCAUGAGACUGGUCUGCCUUCACAUUGUGCAAAAUUCUGAUUCGUUCUUGAUGAUUCUUUGCUUCUUACCAACAAUUCAUUUCUGUAAUAGAUUUGCUGUAUUUCAUCUCGUCUGUAAUUUGGCCAAUAUAAUCUGAUCAGUUUAAUAAGAAAAGCAUUCAAUUUCAAGGAGUGAAGUUGGUAUUGGAGGUGGAAUUUCAUCAUCAUCGUCCAGAACCCACAAUCAUGAACAAAUAACAAGAUAAGUUUAUUACUCAAUAGUGAUGUGAACAGUUCUUGAAUGAAUGGCAACAUGAAAAUUUAAUGCUAACCCUUCUAAUAAAUAAAUCACAAGAUCGAAAUAAGAAUCAAACAGCAGCAACAUUAUCCUAAUGGAUUUUGUAAAGAGCGUCCAUUCCCACAGCAUGGAGGAAAAUUUUUCACCAUUUGAAGAGACCACUCAUCAAAAUAAAUCUGCCACCUCUAUAACCUUUCGUUAUUGAGAUUAAAAAAUCCCAAAUUCUCUGCUUUCAGCCACUACCACUUCCUCCUUAAAAAUAAUGUACGGAAGCCCAAAAAGAAGCUAUUUGCUGAAAUUGAAACUUCCACAUAGGAAACUAAGAAGAUUCUUUCAAGGGAGUGGAGAGAGGAUAAUUCAGGUGCCUAUACUAUAAAAUCAUUAUUCACCUCUUAAAUCACCAAUUCACCUAAAAUCUUAAGCCGGUGGGUGAAAGUAGAUUUAAUUACAUAUCAUCUAACACUUCCUUUCACUUGUGGGUACUUAAAAAUAUGAAAAAUGCUCAACAAGUAGAAAUCUAUAUUAAUUGGGGAGGAAAUAACAUCGCAGGGGCUUGAACACAAGACUUCCCUGGACCACCUACUCUGAUACUAUCUUAAAUCACCAAUUGAUUCAAAAGUUUAAGCUAAUGGGUGAAUGUAGAUUUAAUUAUAUAUCAUCAAACAACCUCUUUAUUUCCAUUCUUCAAGGAUCAUUCACUUGAUUACUAAGACUUCGACUUUCUACAAGGCUAUCUGGAAGAUGAACACUCGUUUUGCAUUAAUGCAGGAAAAUGGUUCAAAAGAGGCACCCUUUGUGUUAUUUAUCUCCUAAUUGAUCUAUUCUGCAAAAAUUUCACAGAUGAUAUGAAAUUACAAAAGAAGGGAGGAUAGUCAAACACCAAGCAUCUUUUUCCCCAGUAUAGAAUUGGUUCUCUCUAAUGUUUUCAAUUUCUUAUUUGCAUGGAUGACUGCAUCUACACUGCUACUAUCUUUAUUUGACAGUUUAGUCGGCAAUUCUUUCCCAGAGGUCUUCUGGCUCGAUGGAAAGAAAUCCAAUUCCAUGCCAUUUGCCACUAUCUAGAUUUCUAUCUACCAGAUAGAGAAAUAAUGCAGCAAAAUGAAGCAAGGGGGAGAAAUACUUCUCUAGAUAGAAGAAAGUGAUACUUGCAAACCUGUGUCACGUAACAACCAAAAGGAUGGAGUUUUGUCUUCUGUGCUGUUAAAAGUAUGAGAUGUAGCAAGUUAGUGCUAUUUGAGAUCCUACUUCAUAUCAAACAUAAAUGGUGCAAAAGCAAAAACAUACUAAACAAAGAACACAUUUCAAUAGUCUAUGGACAUAUACUUAAAAAGUUUAACUUACAGAACGGAUCCUAUUGAAGUAAAUGUCAGGAACAUGCUCAAACAGUCAAACUCAACAACUUCAUAAAUAUUGAAGACCAAGAAACUAGAUUUGCUAAAUCCAUGGAUACAGCAUACAUGAAAGAUGUAAAAUGUGUG